AUGUCCUCCGAGACCAAGAAUGCCCAGAAGAAAGAGCUUGAACUCAAAGAGUCGUCAAGCACGGACUCACAACAGUAUGUAGAGCUCCAGGAUGAAGAAAAUCAUGGAAAUGAUGAUACGGUGCCGCUCGUCGUGUCCAAGGACAAUAAUAAUGCCAAGCCAACUGCCGUAUUCGAUAAAUUGAGCGGCGAUAAACACGACGUGAAAGAUGCCGCCUUUUGGCUCUUCAUGCUCUUUCUGGCUUCCGUCACCAUGACGGUUGGAAACAAAUAUGUCAUGCAACAGUGGCCCUAUGCCAACACAUUGACUCUUAUGCAAAAUGGUACGGCUGUGCUCUAUUUGGCAUGGGGCAAUUAUUCUGGCUUUUUGGAGAUGAAACCCUUUGCCAUGAAACAAUGGCAGAUCUUUGGAGUCUGUUCCUUCUUUUUGGCCAUGCAGAUUCUGACAUCCCUCAAGGCAUUGCCCUACGUGGCCAUUGCAACUCUUGUGGCAUUUCGCAAUACAUGCACAGUGGCCAUUGCCGUUAUUGACUAUUUUUUCUUUGGAAACAAGUUCAGUCAAGCCCAAAUUGCCUCUCUUGCCGUUACGACUGUAGGAAUGAUCCUCUAUGCCCUGCAAGAUGUCAACUUCAAUCUAGUAGGAUACAUGUGGUUGUUUGGAAACAGCUUGGCCACUAUUUUCAACACCUUUUGGAACAAAAUCUACAUCACACAUUAUACCAAAGAACUUAAGAUUCAAACAUCCUAUGGAGUCAGUUUCAUUCAGCAAAUUGAGACUUUGCCCAUUGUGGGCUUCUUGGCCAUUGUCAACAAGGAAGGUGAAUCCUUUGGUGAAAUGGGGCCACUUACUGGCUGGGCCAAGGCUGCCAUUUUUGCUACCUGCCUGGGUGGGGUUUUGAUUGGAAUUGCCUACCCCAAGUGCUUUAGUUUGGUGUCUGGAACCUCUGUGGUUGUGGCAUCCACUGCCAACAAGGCUGUCUCCAUUUUGAUUGGCAUGUGGCUGUUUGGAACAAGACUGUCAUUCAUGCAGGUUUUUGGUUUGCUCGUGUGCAUUGGUGGAUCGUUGUGGUACGCUGUUGAGGGAAAGAGAGGCAAAUAG